UUCCCUUCCGACGUCAUGACGUUACUCCAGUUCACAGUACGCUCUUAAAGGUGUAGUCCUGCAGGUCUUGUGGGUUUCUUUCUCUUGGGGGACAUUGGAGACGCUGUGUCUCCCACUCGGACUGAACAAACAGGGUCUGUGAUCUUUGUGUAUGUGUGGGGCAGGUUGGGGCCGGCCUGCGUGCCCGUGCUCCCAGUACGGCCAUGACAUUACCUCCGCCCGUGAACAAUGCGAACGGCAACCUCAGCACCAAAGCGGCGUCAGCACCGGCCGGGCCCGGGUACCCGGGAUGCAAGAACGGGGCACUUAUGGACAGCUUCGGCAUCUUCCUGCAGGGACUGCUGGCGGUGGUGGCGUUCAGCACCUUGAUGUUAAAACGUUUCAGAGAACCAAAGCACGAAAGACGGCCUUGGAAGAUAUGGUUUUUAGAUACCUCAAAGCAGGCGAUCGGUAUGCUGUUCAUCCAUUUUGCAAAUGUUUAUCUGUCAGACCUUACUGGCGAGGACCCCUGCUCUUUGUACCUCAUUAACUUCCUGCUAGAUGCUACAUUAGGCAUGCUUGUUAUUUAUGCCGGGGUCCGUGUAGUCAGCUGCAUUGUGGAGUGGCGACAGUGGGAAAAGCUGCGUUUUGGUGAAUACGGGGACCCACUGCAGUGCAGUGCGUGGGUCGGGCAAUGUGCCUUAUACAUCCUGAUUAUGAUGUUUGAGAAGACAGUAAUAGUUAUCGUGCUGCUAAUACCUCAGUGGAAAAAGAUCACGGUGCUGAAUCCGAUUGAGAACCCGCAGCUGGAACUGGCUGUCGUCAUGCUGAUCGUCCCCUUCUUUGUAAAUGCAUUAAUGUUCUGGGUGGUAGACAAUUUCCUCAUGAAGAAAGCGAAAACGAAAGCGAAGGUAGAAGAGAAUGGAAGUCAGGACUCCAGAAACGGCAACAAAGUGCGGUACAGAAGAGCUGCAUCACAUGAUGAGUCUGAAUCGGAGAUCCUUAUUUCUGCGGAUGAUGAGCUUGAUGAGUCAGACACAGAGGAGGACCACCGAAGAGUGACCACCUUGAAACCCACAAAGAAAAAAAAACAUCGCAUUGGGCUGCCUGUAUGACAGACUUAAGAUGACUUGGACUCUAAAAGCCUCCUUGAGGCACUUACUACAUUCUUUUUAAUAGUGGUCACAUGAACACAAGAAUUAAAAGCUACUGAAGAGUGGCAAAGGGACCACUGAAGUCAAGUGCCCCCUAGCUUUGCAGUGGACUGAAUGCUUGCAAAAGCCUUUCUUGUUACAAGGGGGACUUCGUGACAUUUAUGGACCAAAACAAGCUAAAACACACUAUACUACUACAUCUGGUACUGAACCAGAUGUAUUUCAGAAAAUGCAGCACUGGUUUAUUUUCCCUGGAUGUUUCUGAGGUAAUUGCAGAUUGCUGCAUGUUUUUACUGGGGAACCAUAUACUUACAAAUAUUAACAAAUGUGAUUGGUUACUAAGAGACUUCUUUUCAGCACGUUUGGGGUUCAGCCCAGGGCAGAGGUUUCAGGCUGUAAAGGCCCAGGGCAGAGGAUUCAGGCUGUAAAGGGUGUUUUUUAUUUAUUAUGCAGGCUGCACAAUUAAUUGGUCUUGUCACUGGACCGGCCUGAGCAUUUUUUGAUUGAAGUGGACUGUAAAGUCUUCUUUAUGCCCACUAACUCAUGUUUCAGAUGCAGUUUGUUUAUUUUUUCACACAAAUUCAUUCUUAUUUUGGAUAGUAUAUUUUUUAUAAAUAGUAUCCCUAUUGUAAGAUUUCUUUUUUUAAAGGGCAGGUUUAACAAGGCUUAUCAUUUGUGUUUUUGUUUGGCACCUGUGCCAAGGAAAUUCUGUAACUGGACAAGUUGUUAGGUCACACAGCACAAGUUGGAAUUAAUGUAUGUUUUUGUGUAUGGAGGAAGCUAAGGUACACACUGUUUACCUGUUACAAAAUUCAUCCUGUUUCUUCAAUGUGUAACCCCAGUCAUGAAAUGUUGCAAGUCUAAAAACAACCCAAAUUGUUUCAAGUGGUAAAUGUCUGGUAUUUAUGUAAACACGGCUACUACCUGUUACUGUUCAGGUGACACGGAAACCCUGCAACGUGAAAUGGAAAAGAGGAUCAAGAAAGAGCUUAGUAGCUCUGGCACUUUCUACAAGUAAGAGCCACACUGACUUUUAUUUAUACAUAUAAAUAAAUAUUUUUAAAAUGUGA